CACCCACGGUCCACUGGAUACCCUUCCACGUCCCCAAGACUCAAUGGACACUGGGCAUGGUGAGGGCUCGUCCAUUGAGGGGUUUCCGCUCAUCCUGAGGCCUCAGUCUCUUGCAAGCCGUGGGUCAAACGGAUCAUGAGAGGGGUUCUAGUCCUUCACUGCCCGUCUACAUAAGGACAGAUAUUUGCCCGCCGUUGCUGCUCACAUCAUCAUCCUCCCCCAGGCCCACCUUCAAAAGAACAAUCUACCUUGACACUCACUUCCUUUGUUAGACUUCCCAUUUGAACACACAUACAAACACUCUCUCAGACCGAAACUCCAUCAUGUCUGCCCCCAAGAUCCCCACCGAGCAAUGGGCUCAGGUCAUCGAAAAGACCGGCGGUCCUCUGCAAUACAAGAAGAUCCCAGUCGCCAAACCGGGUCCCGAGGAAGUCCUCGUCAACAUCAAAUACUCUGGCGUCUGCCACACCGAUCUCCACGCAGUCAACGGCGACUGGCCCAUCCCCACCAAGCUACCGCUCGUCGGUGGCCACGAGGGUGCCGGUAUCGUCGUGGCUCGUGGUGAGCUCGUCACCGACGAAAUCUGCAAGAUCGGCGCGGCCGUUGGUGUCAAGUGGCUCAACGACUCCUGCCUGUCCUGCACAUUCUGCCAGCAAUCCGACGAACCCCUCUGCCUCACCCCCAAGCUGUCCGGCUACACCGUCGACGGUUCCUUUCAGCAAUACUGCAUCGCCUCCGCACGGCACGUGGCCCACAUCCCCGAAGGUGUUCCUCUCGACGAGAUCUCCCCGGUCCUCUGCGCCGGUAUCACCGUCUACAAGGGAUUGAAAGAGUCGGGGGCCCGACCAGGCCAGACAGUCGCCAUCGUCGGUGCCGGUGGCGGGUUGGGCUCGCUUGCACAACAAUACGCCAAAGCUAUGGGCCUGCACACCAUUGCCAUCGAUACUGGCGAUGACAAGAAGGAGCUCUGCAAACAGAUGGGAUCCAACACUUUCAUCGACUUCGCCAAGUCCAGCGACGUGAUCAAGGAUGUCAAGGCCGCCACCAAGGAUGGUCUUGGCCCUCACGCCGUCAUCCUCGUCGCUGUCAGCGAGAAGCCGUUCCAGCAAGCCGCCGAAUACGUCCGCCCCCGAGGCACCGUCGUUGUCAUCGGUCUGCCCGCCAAGGCCUACAUCAGAGCACCAGUCUUCGAGUCGGUGUUGAAGAUGAUCAGAAUCCAAGCCUCAUAUGUCGGCAAUAGACAAGACAGCGAGGAGGCUUUGGACUUCUUCGCCCGUGGCCUGAUCAAGGUGCCUUUCAAGACGGUCGAGUUGAAGGAUCUUCCCAAGGUGUACGAAAUGAUGCACGCAGGCCAGAUCGCUGGACGAUAUGUGCUGAAGAUGCCAGACGCGGAGUAAAUUGUUGCUUGAGAGACAACCCGCAGCAGCGAGGGAAGUCGGAGGAGUUUGUCUUUGAAGGUAGAUGAAAAGUAUCAUGACCCGGGCUCGAGAUGAUGGGGUCCAAACGGACCGGAAUGGAAACGACUUGCGUAGCAAUGUAUAGCUAAAUCCAGAUUUAUGACAAACACGAAGUAA